AUGUACAAAAUCGUGAAGAAAGAAGAAGAUUCCAAACCUGGUCCAGAAAUGGAAGAAUGUUGGUUGCUACUUCCUUUUCCUUUCUUUUCUGUGUCUUCCCCCUUUACUUCUUCCAGCCAAAAUGAGUUUCCAGUGGCUUCCCGUGAGGUUGCACAAGAUGUGCAGGAUGAUGGUAGUGAUGGUGAUGGUGAUGGUUAUGGUUGUGGUAGCGGUGGUAGUGGUGGUGGUGAUGGUGAUAGUGUAGUAGUGCUAGUAGUAGCAGCACUGAUGGUGGUUGUAGUAGUGGUAGUAAUAGUAGCAGUGAUGAUAUUGAUGGCUUCGUCUUCUUCUUCCUCUUCUUCUAUCAAUCCUCAGUGGAAGAAGUAUGAUGCGUUUAUAAGUUUUAGAGGUGCAGACAUCCGAGAAGGUUUUCUCAGUGAUCUUGUUUAUGAUGAAGAUGGCUUUGUUGGAAUUGAUUCUCGUGUGAAGGAAGUUGAAUCAUUUUUAUGUCUUGAAUCAGAAGAUGUGCUUAUGAUAGGAAUUUGGGGAAUGGGAGACUUAGUUGGAGGGUGGAAUUUGUAUGGUCCAGGAAGUAGAGUCAUUGUAACAAGCAGAGAUAAGCAAGUGCUUGAAAUUGUGGACUGCAGGAAAUGUAUUAUUUAUGAGGUUGAGAAAUUAAAUGAUUGUGAAUCUCUUCGACUCUUUAGCUUGCACGCCUUCAAACAACCUCAUCCCGCAGAAGGCUACAUGAAGCAGCUAUCAAAGAAAGUGAUAAGUUAUACUCAAGGAGUUCCAUUAGCCCUUAAAGUUUUAGGCUGCAACCUUUAUGGUAAAAGUGUGACAGAAUGGGAAUGUGAGUUGAAAAAACUUGAAACUAUUCCCAGUAAGAAAAUUCAGGGCAUUCUGAGAAGAAGUUAUGAUGAACUAGAUGAUAAUGAAAGGAGUAUAUGUCUGGAUAUUGCAUGUUUUUUUUUUAAAGGGGAAGAUGAAGAGCGUGUAAAAAAUAUAUUAGAUUGCUGUGGUUUUUCUGCAGACAGUGGAAUACGUAGUCUGCUUGAUAAGUCUCUCGUAACUAUUUCCGAAAAGAAGAGUAGCCAACUCAAACAACUUUGGACCGAAGAUGCUCCGUUUAUUGAAAACUUGAAAUUUAUGGACCUCAGCAACUCGAAACAACUGAUCAGAAUUCCAGACCCACUGAAAUUUCCAAAACUUGAGGUUGUUAUUUUGAGAGUUUGGUUGAAGUUUCUUCGUCUACUAACUCUUCUGCCAAGUGGCUUAGGCGAAUUUAGGUGUGUUGAGUAUCCUAAUCUCAUCGGAUGCUCAAAGCUAAAAAGUCUUCCAAACAGCAUAUGCAAUCUGAAAUCUCUAAAACGGCUAGACAUCUCACAUUGUGUGAAUCUCCAUGGAUUGCCAGAGAACUUGGGGGACUUGGAAUCUCUGGAGAACCUGAUUGCAACGAGAAGUGGCUUGGCCUGUCUUUAUUAUCUUUCUCUCCAGGGUUGUGGUAUAUCAGAAAUUCCCACUCUUGAAUGGUUAGAUGCAGAAAAUUGCACAUCUCUGGAAUUUGUAUCAAGCACAUUCAUACAAGGAUAUAUGAAUUCCUAUUUGGAUUUGGAUCUUAGCAAAUGCAUUAAUUUGGAUCAGAGCUCAUCAAUGGAUUGUCUACUGCUCAAACUUCAAAGCAUGGGACCACCAGAGGUUUGA